CUUCUCUCAGCGCUUUUCAUCACAACGUCCUCAUCGGUUUGAACAACGGUCAUCUGUUCAUAUCAACCAUCAAACGAUUGUGAGCAUGUCGAGUGGCACUGCUCGACUUCGGACCACUCGCGGCGCCUUCUCGUGGCUUGAUGCUCUUGAUAAGGGUGAGACGGCAGCGGUUGCAGAGUGAAUGAGGCGCAUGACAUUGUCGCUCCCUUUCUUCAGUUCCAUUCUUCGCAACGGCCGUCAUGAGGAAACGCCUGAAACAGCCGAGGCGAGCAGCAUCGAAGACGCGGACCACCGCCACGCGACCGAGCACAUCAUCCGUGUCGGCUCCUCCCCAGAAGACUUUCCAGCAACCAACGUGGAAGACAGCCCAAAAGCAGAGGUACCAAGCAUCGCUGCCAACAGGGUGGUCGACGCCACCCAACUCACCACUGCUUGGCCGCAAGGAGACCGUCAACCAUGCCAUACCCGCGCUGCAGCUCCCACCAAAACCGCCCCUGCAGCCCAAGGAGGGCCCACUGCGUCAAACUAUCGGCCGCGAGUGCCCGUUGCUGAAUCAGAGCUGCCUGUAUCUGCCCAUGACCCAUCACUGCAUGGUCAACAAACUCACGCCAGGUAGCUGAUGGGUGGAUGGAUGGAUGGAUGGGCUCGGUUGCACGAGAGACAUGACAUCGUGUGUUCUGUUUGGCGGUUGGAUAUGCCUUGUGUGCAGGUCAACAUUCGAGAAAUCGCAGGGCUCUCCAGUUGACCGAGAGGGCCGUGGAGCAGACACACAAGAACGGUACACAGACACACACGGAUGGCCUGCCCUCUACUGUGCGUUCCAAUACUCCUUUGGCCGUGUCUCACUGUCCUGCGGCAGCAAGGAACCAGCACCGCGUUGGCAUUAUAUCCGCCUGGAGCGGUCUCAACGGAAGUACGUCGUGUGCUUUUACUCAGAGAACCCAAAGAGAGUACGCCGACAACAACGCCGUAGCUGGCCUGACUAAGCUGCGUGUGCGCUGCGUGCUCUGUCUCUAUGCGUGCUGUGCUCAGGUGGCCCAUCGAUUCUUUCUUGAGCAGGGUUUGGAGCCUGAGGAUGAAGUCGGUAUGGCAGCGGCUCUGUCAGACCAAAAAAGGAAGGAACAGAGAAGGUGAGCGAACAAGAUAGCAUCGCCGUUGACGCCGUGUCUCACAUUCGGCCUUCUUGCCUUCUUGCCUGCCUGCCUCCAGGGGUAACGUGACGGGCCCGGACUACCCGAUAACCCUUGAACUCGAGUGUAGCAGCGGCCCGACCUGGCGGACCCAUCUGGUGUUCUACGAUGAUGAGAAGCCGGCGCAGGUAUCCAUCCAGAAACAAAGAGAGACACAGCGCGUGGCUAGAUGUUUGUGCUGUUUCUCCUCUCAGGUCGCGCAGCGAUACGUCAUUGAGCAGUGCCUCCCCGCCGAGGCCAAACUGGACAUCCUCACUGCGAUUUUCGAGGUGAAAGCCAGCUACGAAGGCGUAGAAGAAGACAAUCCCCCCCCAAGGUGGUCAGCACUUAGCCGAUCUGUGCUGCUGCAACAAGGGCGGCAUCGCUCUGCCGUCCCUGUGCUGCGUUGAUGCAGGGAUGAGGGAGGUCAGGCUUGCGCCGCUCAAGCACUAUCUGAGACAGCUGCAGUCGCCAACAUCUCUAAUACGAGGUGUGUGAUUCAGGCGACUGAGAAUGAAGACAAGACACACCAAAGACACACUCACUCAUCUGUAUGUCGUUUGCGUCAGCAGUGCAUCGGCUCAGGAUAAAGCAGAGCUUUCUCUAAGUGAGGUGCCCUUCUCCAUCGACAAUGACGACUCGGAGGAGUGGUGGCGGUCGCUGCCCAAUGCUGACAGGGCCGACCACGUCUCGCCCGCCACACCACCUGAGGCGGCACCUCAACAAACUCAGAACAGGUGGGCGUAGACUCGAUUGCACGGGAGAGAUUCAAGCAUACAUGCUCUACUUAUUCCUUUUGGUGGCUGUGCGUAUGUCCUGUGUGCAGCCCUACAGUCGACGAGAGACAGUGCCCCGCUGCCGAAGGGGAAAGCGCCGGACGAGAAGAGGAUUAUCGGUAUCGAGGGACAAGCGCACACACAUGGCCCCUUUUGAUGUUUCUUACAUUGGCUGUUUGUUUGUAUGUUUCCCUCUCCUGCAGCACCACUGCUCACUCGUCACGCUUGCGGCGGGAGAUCGCGAGACGUCCUCUGGUCUCUUUUUGCUCAUCGAUCGCCAGCAGAAUGUCUACUUGGUUGACGCGCGCGAGACAGCCCCUCAUCGAUUGCGAGGAGCGCUUCAGUGAGAAGGAGACAGAAGAGGGCGGCUGGAUGGAAGUGUCCAUAGCGGAGAGACCAACAGAACCGAAACCAACAGAACCAUGACGCGAGAACCAAUUCGGCUUGACCUAUCGUAUGGUGAGGACAAGAUGAUGCGAGACAGCGAAGUGAAGGCGUGGAAGAUGACUUGGGAGCGACAAGAGGGAGGAGAAGCAGCUUCAGCUUUUGCUCAAGGCACGGGGUUGGUGCCGAUGCUUCAUGGCUCGCGUGUGCAUGUGCCUC